AUGGAAUUUGACUUCAAGUGGAAGAACAGCUUUCGCACUCAAAUACCAACGAGUAUGGUGUUGAUUGAGUCGGUGUUCGACACGCUGUCCGAGCAUCGUUUGCAAAGCUGGGAACCAAGGCAUUCAAGUUAUAGAUAUCCUUGGCAACAGUAUGUAAAGCUUGGAGUUACUCUCAGACACUUUGCUUAUACUGCGGUUGCUCUGCAUGGCUGCCUAGAAUCAGAAAUCCAGACUCCACAAUCAGUUCGAUCAUUGUUCCGAGAACCAUGCUGCAGAGUAGCCGGAGAAGUGUCCAAAAUCCUCCGUGAGCUGGCUAUGAGCAUAAGGAAACGGCAACAUUGCCCACCGGACAUCCUCUCCGACAACCUCCAUGACGCUUUGCAUGCUUUGAAUUCAUCCAUCAAGUCCCAACCUCGCCUCUUUCUCGGCACCAAAAAUGCUCAAGCCAAGUCUACCAUACUCGCAGCUCAAACCAACCAACACUCAUCGUACAGCACCACCGCCUUGCCUUCGGUGAAGACUGAUGUUUCGGCAUUGCUAGAUUUUCGAUCAAAGAGAGAGCACCAUUCUGAGAGGAGCACAUUGAAGCCAACUCUAAGCAAGAUUGCAAUACUGAGUUUGGAAUUCUCAGAGGCUCUUCCUUUUGCUGCUUUUGCUUCUUUGCUUGUGGAGAUGGCAGUGAGGUUAGAUUUAAUCAUUGAUCAAGUGGAGAAACUGGCAAAAGAAGCACAUUUCAAGGAGUUCACAGAGAAAAAUGAUAUCAAGAUUGAUGUCAAAAUUUGUGACAGUGCAAUUGUUCUACCAACUAAUGUUGCUUGUGGUGAGUAGUAGUGUGGCAUUUGAUAGUCUUAUCAGAUAUAUAAAAUGCUGAAAAUUCAAUAGAUAAUUGAUCAA